AUGGGACUGCAGUUGACACUCACUGUUUUGCAAGGCUUCACCGCCCUAGGACUACAAGCAUAUGGUCCGGUGGGCGGUAACUGGUGCUGGAUUCAAGCGAAGUAUCCUAUCCUACGCUGGAGCUUGUCCUUUGGAUGGCGCCUCUGCAUAUUCUUCUUGGUCAUCGGCAUUUAUACUACGGUUAACGCGGAGCCUGAUUCUUCCGCCGCCUCGGCUUCACCCAUAAGACAACCGGCUUGGAACAGAGCGUCACCGAACCUACGAAGAAUGAUGUUGCUGAAUGGCUAUCCACUAGGAUACCUUAUUCUCUGGACUCCUGGGGUGAUCAACCGAUUUAUUGAAAUCAAAGGUAAAUCACCACCAUGGCUCGUUGCCUUACUGGCUUCUACACAAUACAUUGGGCUGGUACAUGCAAUCACUUAUGGCUAUAAUGAGCAGUUUCGACGCUCUAUACAAUCAUGGAAGGUUUUCCGGCAGAGACGGGAAAGGAUUGAGGAUUAA